AUGGCCGGAGUUUUGGACGCAAAAGCAGCGGGGGCGCGCCGCUUUGAGGGGAAGGUGGCAGUCGUUACCGGCGCCGGCCAGGGUAUCGGCGCGGCCACCGCCCGUAGACUGGCCCAGGAAGGGGCUGCGGUUGUAAUUGGAGACAUGGUAGAGGAGUCCUCCAUGAGGGUUCGCGACGAAUUGCGUGAAUUCGGCGGAGAGGCGGCAGUCUGCCUCGGGGAGCUUUCCAAGUGGGAAAAUGCGCAGGCCUUGAUGGCCUUUGCCCAGGAGCAAUUCGGUCGCAUCGACGUUCUGGCCAACGUGGCCGGGGGCACCAUCUGGUUCCAGUCCUUCCAGUACUACACACCGGAGCAGAUCCAGGCCGAAAUUGACAAGAGCUUCUGGACGGCCAUGUGGUGCUGCCGUGCCGCUUUGCCGUACAUGAUCGAGCAGAAGUCGGGCGCCAUAGUUAAUGUUGCUACCCAUGCAGUAACCGGCGCGUUUCGGGUACCCUACGCAGCCGCCAAGGCUGGACAGAUUGGGCUUACGACAUCGCUGUCCAGGGAGGUGGCCCCCUUGGGAAUCCGAGUGAAUUGCAUGGCCCCCAGCGGAACUUUGGCAGAGGAUAGGGUGACGCCCCGGAACCAUGGAAUAAGCGCUGUACCACCGGAACUGCCACCGGAGGAAAUGGACCUGCAGGAAACUUACCGGCAGCAGACGCGCCUGUCGGAAAUACCCAUGGGCCGUCGGGGCGAAGCAGAUGAGCAGGCUGCAGCCAUUGCCUUUCUGGCUUCCCAUGACGCUUCCUAUAUUACGGGGCAAGUACUGGCAGUAGGGGGCGGACAGGCCUAUCCCUUCUGA